GUCGACGAGUGCGGCAUCAGCAUCAGCAUCAGUAGGUGCUUCACUGUGAGCUACUCGCCCGGCAUGGACCAGAACGGUCGCAGUCUGAGUAGGGGCAGCCAGCACGAGUACAAUGGCAGCGCUUCGGGCAGUCGUCCUUCAAGCUCGAUGAGCUUCAAUCGCCCUGGCGUACCACCUCUGCAAGCCCAGCCAAGCAGCCAAGAAUGGCAAAUGAUGCAGCAACAGCGGGCCUAUCAAGCUGCUCAGCAACAGGCGCAGCAGCAGCAGCAGCAGCAGCAGCAGCAGCAGCAGGCACAGCGAAUGACGCCGCAGACUCAGAGCAGUGUGACCGGCGAAAUGCCUGGGAUGGCCUAUAGCGAUCAGAUCAUGCGCAUGCACAUGGCCCAACAACAACAGCAGCAGCAGCAACAGCAGCAGCAGCAAGCUCAGUCGCAUCCACAAGCUGGACCCAGCGCACAAUUCUCGCCCCCGCCGAGGCAAGCUAGCCCCGCCUCUGCAUUUGCUCAGCGUACGCCCAAUCAACAGCCAGGUGGCGGGUUCCUCACGCAACAGCAGCAACAACAGAGACAGACGCAGCUAGCCAUGCAGGCUAUGUUGCCCAACGGAUUCGGUCCAGCCUACCGUGACUUCAUGAACCAGAAAGGCACGCCCAGCUCGCAAAUACCCGUCAUAGAAGGCCAGCCUGUACACCUGGAGCGCCUCUUCAUGGUCGUUGCCAAGCUGGGCGGUAGUGCUAGCGUGACACAGUCCAAGCUUUGGGGCAUGGUCGCCACCUACUGCGGAUUCCAGAGGUUGCCCUCGGAGAACCAACAAGAGCACGCACAUCCACAGGAUCGCAUCGCAGCACUCAUCAGAAUCUUCCAGACCUCCCUGGCUGGAUUUGAGGCCAUGAUCAGGCAACGCUUCCUGUCCCUUCAGCAACAACAACAACAACACCAACAGCAACAACAGCAGCAACAACAGCAGCAGCAGCAGCAGCAGCAGCAGCAGCAGCAGCAGCAGCAGCAGCAGCAGCAGCAACAACAGCUUCGUCCCGUGUCGCAAGGACAGGCAGUCUCAGCCAAUGCGUCAAUGCAGCGGCCUCAGACCAUGCCGCCAAACUCGCAGCAGGCUAGCUUUGCCAACCCCAAUAUGUCGUCUCACAGUGGACCGCAAGGACCGUCCGUCUAUCAAAGUCCUCGAGCACCUGCCGACGUGCCCGCACGUGCUCCCAGUGCCGCCUCGAUGGCGUCUUCACUCGGCUCAGAGAGCGGUCACGUCAUGUAUCCGGGAGGCGCACAGUCAUACCCGAAUAUGCCGCAGCCCAUGCCAUCACAAUAUCAAGGCAUGACUCAGCAGCAAAAGCUUGCGCAAGCUCAAGCGCAACUUCCGCCCCAUGUCGCGAACGCACUCAGGCAGAUACCGCCCGCAAAGCAAAAGCCAAUAGUCGGAGCUGAUGGCAAGGUGGAAUCGGCGUACAAGAAGAAGAAGCGACUGCAAAAAGAAGCCGAGGCGGCAGAGGAGCAGAGGGUGGCUGCGACGCAGCAGAUGGCUUUGCAGCGCGCGCCUCCAGCUACCGUAGCGGCGUUAGCGGACCAGAAAGCCAUUAAACUUGAGUCGCAGUCGCAGGCGAUCCAGUCACCCGCGCCGCUUCAGCCGGCAGUCCCUGUUCGACCUCCCACGCCACCCAGAAAACGUCAGAAAACCGAAUAUAGGCCCAUUGUUCGGCCAACGGACACUGUCGCUAGCUGGAAUCUCGGCUUCGUUGAAGAACGUCAUGCGCAGAUCACUAGGAGCAAACGUGAGCCAAACGUCCAUCAGCUCGGCGUCGUCGAUAUCACUGCGAUGGCGAUGUCGCUGCAGUCUAGAAUACCGUCCGAGGUCUCAUACACUUUGAACGCGCUACAACUUCUUGCAGCUCACUGUCCAUCGGUGCCAGAGCGCAAAGAUCCAGUCGGUAGAUUGCCACUCGUCGAGGCCGAAGAGCUCUAUGAAGAGCUCCUGGCCCUGCUGCAAGAGGCUGCUUUCGGAUCAGUUCACGACAGCGACACAGACUUACCGGCAAAAGCAGCAGUGAGCCGGCAAUCCAAGCUGCGUCGAGUGUGGCCGUCGGCUUACAAAGAUAUGUAUGCAAUCGUCGGCGAAGAUAUUCAGACGCUCAAGCCCAAGACAGCUGUACAUACGACAAAACACAAGACUGCUGGACUCGCGACUGUUGAGCUGCUCCUCUCCUUGACCAAUCUGCUGCGCUUGCUUUCAAACAUCGACUACAAUGCUAGCUUCAUGGUCGAAGUACCCGAAACUGUUUCGACACUCGUAGAAAUCUGUCAGAUGUCGAGCACAUCGAGAAACCUCGUGUGUGAGGUCGAGAUGCGUGAUAUGCUUCAGCUCCGCAAGGAUGUUCUUCACAUCCUCGUCAAUCUACGCGACGGCAUCGAUUUGACUCUGCAAACCCAGACAACAGUUCGCGACAGCUUUGCACUUAUCCAAUUCUUCCUUCUCGGAGCCUCAGACAUCGAUUCUAUCUAUUCUGCGGCGCGCUGUGCCACUCGUUCGGGCCAGAUUAGCCACUACAUCGAUACAGCCCUGACAGCACUCUCAAGGCUCGCAUUGCUGGAUCGUAACCGAGAAGAGCUAAGCCGAGUCGUCAGCGAUAACCAAGUGUUACAGCUUUUCGAGAAUCUGACGGCCUUCAUACCAAUGUCUGAAGACGACUGCCAGGUCCUGACAACUGAGGACGGACUAGCGCAUAUCGAGCGAGUUGCCAUGUGUAUCUACAGCGUCGCCUUCUUUGCCUCGCGCGAUGCUAAGGUUCGCUUGCGGGACUCUCAGGUCGGCUUCGUGCGAACGGUCACACGCCUCGUGCGCCGCCUACACGCUUACAAUAACGAGGGCUACGACCGCAACCCUUAUGCUGUUCUCUGCGAUCGUAUGAUGAGUAUACUGCGUCUGAUUAACGAGGCCGACACAUCUACAGAGGCCACAAUUGGCCCCGGAUCUUGGUUUGGCGGCGGCGCUGCUGCAGGCUUUGGAGAAGACGAUGAAGAUCGAACGGCUGCAUCAAUCUCGACAGACAGCGCACCGGCUGUCCUCGCUGCCAAUCCGAUCGCAGUCUUUGAUAUUCUCAAUUUCCGACACAUCAGCAAAGACACAAUGAACGUCUUUUCUGGUCUGGUCAUGCGUUGAACGUAGUCUUGUCAGUCUCGCCAUAGCAACCUUGUCGAUGUCUGUCUGGAUGCUUGCAAGUCAACUAGCAUUAUGGAUUGCAACAGACGAUACAUGACGAGAAUUUACUUGGAGCAUUCACGCGCGGCAAACACCUGUUUUACGCUUGGUGAAUGCUGCAACGAGCUAGAUGCGACUGUAUGCGAACGAUUAGGGCCCUCACCAGCGGAGCGUUCUCCGUCUUUGAGAGACCGUCACAAUGCAGGGACGACCAGUCCAGACAUCGGCCGGCCGAUCUGACCUCUACAGCGCCUGGAGACCCAAUACGCAUCUUGAGGCAUUGUUAGCGAGCCCUUGAUCGAUGUGUACUGAAGUCAGCGAGAGCUCGAGCCAUCUCCAGCUGAUUGUCGAUAGCAUGAACACUGC